AUGUCCCACCUCAUCGACCCGUGCUUGCGAGCGACCAAGAUUGCCCAUGGGAUCAGACGCGGCAUCGAUGGCAUCUCACCCCUGAGUGGCCUUGUUCCUGAACUCCGCAUUCUCAUCCAAGAGCAGAAAAAUGUCCUCGCCUCAUUAAAGCGAACCGCAUUUGAGAAGGAAGAAGCCGCAAAACACCUUGCUAUUUACGCUAAGACCGAAGGUCCCGAUAUUGCAGACACGCUCACGAAACUCAGCAUCUUAGUCCAGAAAGCCGCCGACCUCGAGCGCGUCUAUGCCAACAGCCUCGCCCAGAGUAGAGAACUCUUCAAGGAGAUUCGGGUAGCUGAGGAUGAAAACUAUUCGAUUCGAAAACGCAAGCUGGAUUUGGAGCAGAAGCUGGCCCUCGACAAAUCGUAUUCCUCGUCAACGAUCUCCUUAACAGGAAAACAACCCUCAGUUCACGGACCAGAACUGCACCCAGAGAUGAAACUACUGAGACAGGAGACCAUGUCGGUUGAAAAUGAUCUCGAGGACUUGAAGCGCAAGAAGAUUAAGAAAGCGACAUGUCAGCAGCUGGAUGCACUCGAGAAACUAGGCAAGGAGCUGAUUGUAGUUGCACAUUAUGGACGACGGGUCAUGGACGAACUCGACGACUCUCCGACGCCUGCAGGAACCUAUGCAGAUGACCGUUAUGCGACUUAUGAAGGCGCCGCAAAGACAGCAUACACUGUCAAGGCCUUUAUGGACACAUUCAAGGCCUGGCCUAGCCACGAGCCUCAGGUCCAGAUAAGCGACGUCGACCUUGGCGACUUCCCCAGGGACAACAAACAGGUCAUGGACGCCAUGUUGAAGGAUCUCGCUAGCAAAUCCGGCUCGGACUGGUACGCCCUUCAAUCACCGAGUUCUAGUAAGGCGCCCUCAACCCAUGGCAGGACCAACUCUUCAGAUUCAGUAGGCUUUGCAUCGCCCCGCAACAGUAUAUCCUCUCUGGUAACCACUACAACCUAUGUCGACGGAGUCCCAACAAUCCAGGUCAUCAAUGAGAUCCCACCUACUCCUGAGUCUGAGGAAGCACCUGUCAAUAAUGAGAAGGAGGAUGCAACUAGUUUGGCAGCAGCCCAAGAGCCUAUCCCUGUUUUCGUGGGCGGAGAGGGAGAUACUAGACCAACGUCCCUUGCUAACAGCGCAUCCUCGACCACCAACGACACUACACCAGCUGCUACUUCUAAUACCUCUGCUACAGAUACCACGACCUCCUCUGUCGAUCCAAGUCCGUUUGUUUCUCACUCGACCUACAAACCAACCACCGCCUAUCAACCCGGAUAUGCACACGAUGCUGUAGACGGCCAACGGACACCGCCAUCCAGGAGUCGACCCCAUUCGGGCGAACACUAUCCAAUCACCCACGCACCGCACCCCUUGAUGAUGCAACAAACGCCUUUCCAGCCGAAGCAGCAGUACUAUCAGCCAUUGUACCCACCAGGACCUCCCGGCGGAGGUAUUCCAUCCCAGAUGCCCAUGCCCAUGCCCAUGCCUGUUCCUAUGCAAAUGUCGAUGCCAGUGCCCAACAUCCCUAGCUCGUCUGAUGAUCGCGAGGAUGGUGGAAACAAGCGCCACUCCCAGCCUAUCUCAGUCUCCUUCCCUCUGCGUCCACCAAUUGGCUUGGCAUUAGAUCAUUCUGCCGGUAUGACAUCCCCUACUGCUGGCAUGCCUUUGUCGUCUCGGUCCCCAUCCCCAUCGCAUCAAAAUGCACGACGUAACCCACAUGCGGUGCUGCCCCCAACAGAACCAGGAUUUCAUGUGCCAGUAGGCACCGAGAUAUCGGCCUCGCAAGAAACCCCCAAGGAUGUGUACGAUGGCCCACCUCCUGAUUAUGCUGAGGCCUCAAUGCAGCCCCCUGCCGAGAAGCGCGACGAGAAGAAGCGGCGAUAA